AUGUACGAAUUUGUUAGUGGCAUUUGCACCCUGGCCGUGGCCUUUCUGCUGCUCUGGCAGGUGGUUCCGUGGUUGUACCUGAAUUUGCUAGGGCCGAAGCUGUUUGGACCGAAAAUUCGGCUAAAGGAGAUGGGCCAGUGGGCCUUUUUAGUGGUCACGGGAGCAACCGAUGGAAUUGGGAAGGCCUUCGUCAAAGCCUUAGCCAAGAAGGGCAUAAACUUGAUUCUCGUGAGUCGAUCUCUCGCCAAGCUAAAAGAUGUUUCCAAAGAUAUUCAAAAUGAAUUCAACGUUCAAACCAAAAUCAUCGCUGUCGACUUCACAUCCGGUCCGGAGAUCUACGACGUCAUCGAGAAGCAAACGGCCGACCUCGAGGUUGGCGUUCUGGUCAACAACGUGGGCAUGAGCUACGCCAACCCAGAGUACUUCUCGGCCCUCCCAGACCGACUAAAGUUCUUCGACCGCAUGAUGGCGUGUAACGUGACAUCGGUUCUUCGGAUGUGCGGCCUGUUUCUCCCAGGGAUGGUCAAACGGCGCAAGGGAGUGGUCAUCAACGUAGCGUCAAUCUACGUGUACCUGCCAGGCCCGUUAAUUUCCGUGUACGCAGCGUCAAAAGCGUUCGUGGCCAAGUUCAGUGAUGCUUUGGCCACCGAGUACGCUGGGCACGGCAUCACCGUCCAAUCGCUCGAGCCAGGCUUCGUGGCAACGAAAUUGUCGAAAUUUUCUCGAACCAACAUGGUUGUCUGUACGCCGGAAACGUACGUCACAAGUGCUCUGGCCACAGUCGGAUUCUCUCGACACAGCACAGGUUACUUUCCCCAUGCGGUGCUUCUUUUUUGUGUCAAUUUACUGAAUUUCCUAUCCCCGUCCUUAUGUCAAUUUAUAUUUCUUAAGGCUGCCGCUGCUGCCGGACAAAUACAAAAAUAA